AUUUAUAUUAAUUUUUAUUAAAAUAAUGUCUUUGAAAAAAAAAAGAACAACUUUAGCAGAUAAAAUAAAUUCAUUAAUUACUCCAACACCAAUAAAUUUUGAUUCUGAUGAUGAAGUCGAAGAAACAAAAGCAAAGAUAGUUGAUUAUUAUGAUGAAAGUGACAAUUCAGAUAAUAAUAUUCAAGUUUCAGAGAUACGUAAACAAAAUGCUUAUUUCUUGGAUCAAAUAGAUAAAAGAUAUAAGGGUAAGAAAGUUUCAAGAAAAGACAUAUUUAAGGAUAAUGAAAAUUUCAAUAUACAAAAUAUAUCAGAAAAUGAAAAUAUAAAUAGCAUAGAAGAAGAAAGUGAUGAUGAAACAAAUGAUAGUAAUAAUGAAGAAAAUAUUGAAGAUGAUGAUAGUAAUAAUGAAGAAGAUAAUGAUAAUAAAUUUAAAUAAACAAUAUCGAAAAUAAAUAUGGAAACCGAAUUAGAAAAAAGUAACUGUGUUAGAAAUCAAUUACAACUUUGGGAAAAUUUAUUAGAAAUUAGAAUAAAAUUACAAAAGUGUUUAAUUACUAGUAAUCAAAUGCCUCAGUAUGAUAUUUACAACAAUUUUAAAACAAAUACAGAAUAUAUGAAAACAACUGAUGAAGUGAAAAAUAAAUUGAAAACAUUAUUAAAUAAUAUGUUGCAAUUGCAAAGUUUUCUUUUAAAACAAUAUCCUGAAACAAAACAUUUAUCUAAAUAUAAUAAAAAAAGAAAAGCUGAGGAAAGCAAAGAUAAAGUAGCAAAUAUAAGGGACCCAAUGGAUGAAGAAAUUCCUUCAGAUACAGAAGAUGAAAAUGAAAAUAAAGAUGAAAAAAAGUAUAGAAAUUCAAAUAUAGAAGAUGAAAAUGAAAAUGUAAAUGAAGAAAUUCUUUCAGAUAUAGAAAGUGAAAAUGAAAAAAACACAAUUUUAGAUGAAGAUAUAAAUAAUUUUAAUAACAAUAUAUUUAAAAAGAAAUUAAAACUUUGCAAUUAUGAAAAAAUAUUAAAUAAUAAUCAUAAAUCUUAUAUAAAUUACAGAAAUUCUAUUAUUCAAAAGUGGAAUGAAAAGACAAAAAUAGCUAGUGGUAAAUUAAAUAAAAAUACAAGUGAAUCAACAUUAAAACAAAUUGAAUUUGCUUUAAAUGACAAACAAAAAUUGCGUAAUAGAAGUCGAUUAAAACGGUCAGAAUAUAAAAUUAUUGGUAAAGCAGAAUUAACAGAAGAUAAUGAUGGUAGGAAACUUCAGGAAUAUGAUUCUGAAAUUUAUGAUGAUGAUGAUUUUUAUCAUCAACUUUUGAGAGAUCUAAUUGAAUAUAAAUCAUCUGAUAUUACUGAUCCAGUACAACUUAGUAAACAAUGGAUAAAAUUACAAAAUAUGAGGCAUAAAAUGAAAAGAAAAAUAGAUACAAGAGCUACUAAAGGUAGAAGAAUACGAUAUAAUGUACAUAAUAAAUUAAUAAACUUUAUGGCUCCUAUCACAAUAAAUGAUAUGUGGACAGAUCAUGCAAAGAAUGAACUAUAUAAUUCUUUAUUUGGUAAAAUUAAAUUACCAGAUGAAAAAGUUGGAUGCUAGGUUUAAAACAAUUAAUAAAGUGUUAAUUUUGUAUAUUUUAUUAAAAAAUAUUUUGUAAGGUUUGUAGCAAUGAAAUAAAAAAAU